AUGCGACAGGAGGAGGCUCAGACGUGGAUGCAGUGCGAAACGCGCCUUGUACGAUGCGCUGACGCCAUCCGGAUGCACUACAAGGUGUACGGCACAACACCUCCCAAACCGUCUUCGUUCGGUUUCGACAGGGCUCACAAGACUCACGGGAUAGCAAGACAUCUUGUUGCCGUCGCCCGAGACUGGUUCAUUAUCUGGAUGGGGUUCCUGUCAUACCUCAUUGCCCAGUCUUGCACAAACCCGUUUAAUUGGCCCGAUUGCAAACAGAAGGACUGGGGCCAGAAAGGGGCGCUCCCCAAGUGGUACAUGGUGCUCCGACAGGAAGGAUUCCCGGAGGACUGGCUCAGUGGCCUCUUGACAUCGGACGUGUGCGAUUUUUCUCGACGAACACCCCGCACAGGCAUUGUGGUCGACUGGACAUGUGAGGACAAGACACGGCCCGACUUGCAGUGGCUGAACGAGUUGAAUAUCCCACUAUGGUUUCCGUGGACAGUCAAGGAAGACGAUGCAAUCACUCGGGAUCCAACAAAGGCGUACUUGAAGCCACCAGCCGAUCUCAUAAGAAGCACCCUUAAGUGUACCUUUGCCAAUCCCAAUUUGCCGCUGGCCUCGAUAGUGAUGCAGCGGUUCCUGCGUGUCAACUUUGUCACGGAAGAACUCGAUAAGGCUGCCGUGCAAGUCCUCAAAUUAUGA